AGCUCGUGUCAACGUGGUAUAUAGUAUUUAAAUUAAUAUAACUACGUUCUUUUCAUGGUGUAUAAAAGUUUGUGAUAAUGUCUCCUAAGACAAAAAUUUCUAGACAGUAUUUUCAAAGGAGGCCCAUACGGGUAUCAAUUUUACAAGUCAAACAUCCAGCCCAUUUUGUUUUGAAAGAAUGCAUCUCAGAACCAUCAUCAUUAGAAGCGAAAAACUUUUUGGAAGCAGAAGAAGCUAUGCAGAAAUAUUAUGGCUCUUUAGAAUCAGAUAUUUACCAGCUUCCUUUGAAGGACACUGUUUUGGUUGCCUUAGUGACGAAGAAAUUCUAUCGAGCUAGAGUUAUCAAAAUUUUGCUAAAAACAGAUGGUCACCAUUUCAGAGUGUAUUUGUUAGACUAUGGAAGAGAAUGUGAAGUUACUAAAGACAAAUUGUACAGCAUACAUAAAGAUUUCUUAGCACAUCCAUAUCAAGCAGUUGAAUUCAAGCUACUUGGUUUAGAGCCUAUAAGCUUAGUAAUAAAUCCUCUUGAUCUAACAUUUUCAUCUGGUCCUGUUGAAAUAUGGGAUACAUCUGCUGUGAGCUACAUUGAAAGUUUAACUAAAGGUAUACAAAUUCCAAAUGGUAAAUUCUUCAUGUAG